GCUAAGCAACUCUCGGCAAGAAAGUGCUCUUCGGUGGUUCCCUCGGGUCCCGCUGCUGACGGAGAUCGGGAAGGGGAUCCGCGCAGCAGAGAAGCGUCCCGACCCCGUGGAGCAAGCGGGGGAAGAGCUGCGCAGCAGCCGCAGCCGGGGCAGGAGCUGAUGGGGGUCUCGCCCGGGGGAGGGAGUCGCGACCACCUUCGGGCUCCGCCCGUCCUUAUUUGCCAACCUCCAGAGCUCGGGGCAAAGAGCAGGCGGCUGAUGCCCAGCCGUUCGCAAGGCGCGGGCUUCCUUGCCAGAAUGGGCGCAGGCUGGUGCUCCAGAGGCCCCUCGCGGAAGGGGCCCCGGGUGCUGAUCCUGGUGGCCUUUGGGCUUCUUCUCCUGCCCGGCCUGGCCAAGGGCAACGAGUAUGACUACGUCAGCUUCCAGUCCGACAUCAGUGCCUACCAGAGCGGCCGCUUCUACACCAAGCCCCCUCAGUGCGUGGCCAUCCCGGCUGACCUCCGCCUGUGCCACAGCGUGGGCUACGACAAGAUGGUCUUGCCCAACCUCCUGGACCACGAGACCAUGGCGGAGGUGAAGCAGCAAGCCAGCAGCUGGGUGCCUCUGCUCAACAAGAACUGCCACAUGGGCACCCAGGUCUUCCUCUGCUCCCUCUUUGCCCCGGUCUGCCUGGACAGGCCCAUUUACCCCUGCCGCUGGCUCUGCGAGGCCGUCCGCGACUCCUGUGAGCCCGUCAUGCAGUUCUUUGGCUUCUACUGGCCCGAGAUGCUCAAGUGUGACCAGUUCCCGCAGGAUGACGUGUGCAUUGCUAUGACCGCCCCAAAUGCCACGGAGGCGUCCAAACCUCAAGGCACUGCAGUAUGUCCUCCUUGCGACAAUGAGAUGAAGUCAGACGCCAUCCUGGAGCACCUGUGUGCGAGUGAAUUUGCUUUAAAGAUGAAAAUAAAAGAGGUAAAAAAAGAAAAUGGAGACAAGAAGAUCAUCCCCAAGAAGAAGAAGCCCUUGAAAUUGGGCACCAUCAAGAAGAAAGAUCUCAAGAAGCUGGUGCUCUAUUUGAAGAACGGGGCAGACUGUCCUUGCCACCAACUGGACAACCUCAGUCACCAGUUUCUCAUCAUGGGGCGAAAAGUGAAGACCCAGUACCUUCUGACGGCCAUCCACAAGUGGGAUAAGAAAAACAAAGAGUUCAAAAAGUUCAUGAAGAAAAUGAAAAGUCCCGAGUGUCCCACAUUUCACUCCGUCUUCAAAUGAUCAGAUGGUGCCAGGAUUGGAACAUUUCUUCUCUUCUCUUUGUUUUGUUUUGUUGCUGGCCCUGAACUUGCACAGACUUUCUUUUGGACUUGGUGGCUCAUACAUUUUGGCUCCUUCUGCCCUGGUGGACACUGAACUUUGAUCCCUUGUCGUUUCUUUCUGUUUGUUCCUUUAGAGCAGGGGUGGGCAACCUCAGGCCCAGGUCCAAAUGCAGCCCUCCAAGCCUCUCUAUCUGUCAUUGGGGACACAUCUCCUCAGCCACGCACCCCUGCCCAGGCUAUCCUCCUGGGUAUGUUCAGCCUGGAAACGAGGAGACUGAGGGGAUAUGAGAGCCGUCUUCAAAUAUCUCAAGGGCUGUCACAUGGAAGAGGGAGCUCUGGAGGGUAGGGCUCAAACCAGUGGAUUCGAGUUACAAGAAAGGAGAUUCUGACUAAACAGGAAUAACUUUCUGACAGUAAGAGCUGUUCAACAGGGGAACAGACUCCCAUGAGAGGUGGUGGAUGGGGGCAGAUUUGGGUAAUCUUUGAGCCAGGCUAAAAUUUGGCACCCCAAAUGAAUCUUCUCAGUGAUGGAUCUUCUCAAUGUUGUGCCCCCUUAGCUCAGUGCCCUGUGCUGGACACUGCCCUAAAUCUGGUGUUGCGUGGACUCUCCUUCUUUGGAAAUUUUUAAGCAGAGGUUGGAUGGCCAUCUGUCACGCAUGAUCUAGCUGAGCUUUCUGCAAUGCAGGAGGUUGGAGUCGAUGACCCUCUCGAUUCCUUCCAACUUUAUAUAUAAUUCUAUGAUUCUAUAAGCCCCUGACUGAGGUGAUUUUGAAAGGAAGCACUUUCAGCAGAGCUGUGCUGGCUGCUCUCCAGUUUUCAGGGAGAAAUCUUCAAUGUCACUGGGGUGUAAGUUUUCAUUAAAAAAGUAAGAUUUCUGAAUAACCUCCUUUUUCUGAUUCUGUCAUUUCUCCUGGCUAUUUCUUCAGUGACCAUCCAUGUGGAUGAUCCCACCCAGUAAGGAAUCCUGUGGUGAAUGGGAUAGUGUCAUAGCAAGAGGUGGCCAGUUAGAUUUUGCUGUGUGAUGAUGCCACUGUAGGUAACUGAGGGCAGUAUAAUGGAAUAUAUAACUGAAAUACAUCUCUUUCUUUCUUUCUUUCUUUCUUUCUUUCUUUCUUUCUUUCUUUCCUUUUGGCAAGGCAAAAACAUCGACAAAAACUGUGAGGUAUUUCAACUCAGCUUUAGUCUGUAAAAAAACAAAAACUCAGCUUUAGUCUGAGUGUCUGCAGGUGCAACAGGAAGUAAUGAGGACCCUAAGACCACCCACAUAUGUCAUGCUUACUUGAUGUGUUUUAAAUCAUUUCAUUGGAUCAUAGAGUUGGAAGUGAACUUAGAAGACUACCUAGUUCAGUCCCUCCCUGAAAGGCCGUCCAGCCUCUGCUUAAGAAACCCCUCACAAAGGGGUGUCCACCCCCUUCCAAGUCUGUUCCACAGCUUGUAACAUCAGGAAGUCCUUCCUAACGAGGGGUCUGAUUGUGUUUUGUUUUGGAAAGUGUGGAUAUGAUAGAUUCAUCUUUAAAUGGGAACUGAAUUGAAUUUCUCCCCUAAUCAUAGUUCAGUGUCCCCUGCCGGAGGACCCUCAUUAGUUCACAUUAGAUUGGUAGAAAUCUCUCCCCUUUGGCUCAUCAAUUCAGUUUUGAAAGAAGGAAGCUCAGAAGAGCUUCUUUCUUCUGACAAAAUUUCCACAUAGGUGGUUGUUGAAAGAUGGAGUUCAAUGCCCCAUCUGGCUCCUCUUCUGCUUCCACAGCUCGGCUAGUAUUUCAGCCCACAUAUCAUCACAUGAACCAGCAGAAGGUUGUGUGCAACCCUCACACUUUCCUGUGGAAUAAAUGGAAGCACUUGGGUUCCAGUUGCCUCCUCAAGGCAGACGAAGGGAGGGGAGAACCAUGGUCAAAACAGUUCGAGAACCCCUGGGUUCCACUCCAUUUGUCCUGUGUGUUGCCAAGGCACAGGAUUAAGCAGAUAAAGAGUUAAUUGUUAAAUUGGCAGAAUGGGGGUAGAGUAAGUUUAAUAAUGCCAUAGUUCAGAAAUGACUGGUGUCUGUAUUUUGGGGGGGGGCAUUCUUUAAAUCAGCCUUCCCCCAACCAUUUGUUUUACACUACAGCUCCCCUAAUUUCUGACCAUUGGAUUUGCCACCUAGGUUGGGGAGGCUGCUGUACACAAUGGUCUGAGGGCUCGGAGAAAGAAGUGCAUUUUGCUGCAGAAACAGAUCCUUCUGGAAUGUUCAUAGAAUUGUAGGGUUGGAAGGGACGAACCCCCUCCAGUGUGGGAAUCUUUUCCAACAUUGCCCAAUGUGGGGCUUGAACCCC